UUCCGCCCCAACGUGAACCCUUAUCAGCGAUCUCCAAGUCUCCAAGGGGAGGUAGAGAUCGGGGAAGUCAUAGCCAGAGGGAAGCAAAGGAGGGUUCAAGGAUAGACUAGCCGUUGAGCCGUCGUGCAAGGGUUUAAGUAGGGGAGGUGAAGUGGAUAAGCGGCAUGUAGCUUCUUCAUAAGCAAGCCCAGUAUCUUUGUGAUCGUUUCGUUGUAGAAAUCUCCAUCGCUUCUCAGAGCCUGUUAGAUGGUAGAGAUUUCGUUGGCGCUUAGAGUUAGUGCAUUAUAAAAGAAUUGGUAGUAAUAUGUUAGGUUAAUAAUGAUGAUGCAAAAUGAUUAUGCUUAUUGGGAUCAAGAUGCUAUUUAUUUAUGUAUAGGGACAGCAUUGUGUUGGACUUUGAGUUUAGGUGAGUGGUUGAACAGUUUGCAGCCCACGUGGCUAAGCUUUUCGAAUAUUCUUAUGAUCAUUAUGGAUGAGUGGAAGGGAAGCCAAGUUGAUUGACACACAUGUUGAAUGGUUUGCAGAUAUAAUCAACAUAGUCGCCGGGGACCCUGGCCUAAUUUCCGCCGCUUUCGACAUUUCGCGACUCCAUCUGGAAGCUCCACCAUCGCAACCACCAUCCAUUGCUACAAACCCCCAGCUCUCCCUGCCACCGUCAACGACUCUCUCAUCGUCUCUCGGGCGCUUGCAAAUCCAUACAGCCGCGCGACAUCCAGUCCCACCCGUCACAGUCUUCGCAAUGGGCUCCAGACUACACAACGCACCGAUUGUGCUGGACAAUGGCAGCGGCACGAUUCGAGCUGGUUUCGCCGGACAAGAUCUCCCAAAGUGUUUCUUCCCCUCAUUUGUGGGACGGCCGAAACAUGUGCGGACAAUGGCAGGUGCGCUGGAAGGGGAUGUGUUCAUCGGACCACAAGCGCAGGCACAUAGGGGGUUAUUCAAGAUCAACUAUCCGCUAGAGCAUGGCAUUGUCACAGACUGGGAUGAUAUGGAGCGGAUAUGGCAAUACGUCUACACAGAAGAGCUGAAGACGGUCAGCGAAGAUCAUCCAGUACUUCUCACAGAACCCCCGUUGAACCCCCGAGAGAAUCGCGACGUUGCCGCACAGAUCUUGUUCGAGACCUUCAAUGUCCCCGCUCUUUACACCUCGGUACAAGCUGUUCUCUCGCUGUAUGCUUCGGGCAAGACUACGGGUCUUGUUUUGGAUUCGGGCGACGGAGUGUCACACGCAGUGCCCGUCUACCAAGGAUUCGCAAUACCAAAUAGCAUCAGAAGGAUAGACGUGGCAGGGAGAGAUGUAACAGAGCAUCUGCAACAGUUACUCAGGAAAAGCGGUCGCAUAUUUCACACGAGUGCAGAGAAAGAGACUGUCAAACUCAUCAAGGAGACGACGGGCUACGUGGCGUUGGACCCCGCCAAGGAGGAAAAAGAGUGGUCAGGAAACGCGCGGUCAGAAGGCAAAAGCGUCGAGUACACUUUGCCAGACGGACAGAAACUAAAGAUUGGUGCGGAACGGUUCCGUGCGCCGGAGAUUCUAUUCAAUCCAGAGAUCAUCGGCCUCGAGUACCCCGGAGUGCACCAAAUUGUGGUCGAGGCCAUCCACCGGACUGACAUGGACCUCCGCAAAGAACUCUACGGCAACAUUGUGCUGUCCGGUGGCUCAACGCUGACCAAGGGAUUUGGAAAUCGGUUGCUCCACGAGGUGCAGCGGCUGGCGGUGAAGGAUAUGAGGAUUAAGAUUCUGGCGCCUCCCGAGCGAAUCUACACUACAUGGACAGGUGGUAGUAUCCUAGCUGGAUUGAGCACAUUCAAAAAGAUGUGGGUUGAGAAGGACGAAUGGCAGGAGAAUCCGGACAUCAUCCACACCAAGUUCGCGUAA